UUCAACGGAUCGAAGAAUUUGAGGGGCUUAUCAAAAAGCCAAAUCCUUUGUUCUCAUUCUAAAUUGUUUCACUAAAACCUGUGAAUGCGUAUCCCGAAGGUGGAAGUCCUGAAAAUCGUUUUGAGACUGUUUUACGUUUUUUCAGGCGGACUUCUUGUUAGUAUUGUUCACGUCCAGGAUGUAAAGUGUUCGCCAGCAACAACAGGCGAUUUUUCGCCAUCGUCGUUUGAUAAAGGAUCAAAAGAAUUUAUUUAUCUAGUUCAAGCCGAAAGUUGUCUUCCUAAACAUCUUUUGGACAAAUGCCAACUCGGUACUAGCAGCAGCAGAGACGUUAUUGUUCUAAGUUGGAAGACAAAAUGUACUAACUAUAAUCCAGGUAUUGACUUUCCUCAUAUCCAAUAUAUCUUUAGGACCAACACUUCUUGGGGCAGUGGUAGAAAUAUUCUUUACAGACUUGCUUUAUUAAGAAGGAAGAACUAUAUGUAUUAUAUCUUCCUCGAUGAAGACUUGGAGUUCUCGUUCACAGAAGGUGUCACACAGGAGAAUAAUUAUAAUACCAGCGUAAAUUCUCCUUUACUGGCGUUUGAAAACUUUCUACGUGGACAUCAGCCAGCGGUAGGACUGACACAUUUUUGUAGCCUUUGUGGAAAAUAUCUUCCGGAGACUUCUUCUUACGUGGCUGCCAAGUGUUGUUCUCCAAGACCUAGCUCGUCCAUUUUCCCGCCAAUUUUUCCUGUGAGUAUUUCUUUUGAUGCUGGAUUCAAUGCUUUCCAUCGCGAUGCCAUCAAGUACCUUCUACCAUAURAUCUUGAAUACGAGAAAUAUAGUUGGUGGGAAAGUCAAAAGUAUGUCAUCUUAGCAGCAGAUUUAUUCUUUCGCGGUCAGGUACUGAGAUACAAUCCAGUUACAGUGAUUAAUACGAAGCACAGGAAAUACCCUAAAGCAGCUUUCCAAAACUGGAAGCAUAUUUUGUCUAAACUUAGAGCGCUUCUGCCAGAAAGGUUUCGUAACUUGAGGUUAUUUCACGAUGAACCUGUUGCCAACAUGGAUUUCAACAUCAGUGGCGAGGUGCUGUUUACUCCAAGGUGGAACAUCACGAUUCCAAAACCUAGGACACCUAUCGUUCCAUUAAGGYACUUUCAAAUUUUGUGAAAACACAAGAGUAGGGAGAAAAGCAACCUAGCAAUUUACACUAUGUUACACAUCAUAUAUGUGUAUAUAUAUAAAUAUAACGCAUGCACAAAGAAAUAAGAAUGUACCCUGAUUUAUGCUAUCAGUUUAUUAUGGUUUAUAGUAUUUCUUUCCUUCCCUAUGUAAUAAUUUAAAAAGAAAAUAAUUUAUAGGUU